GAAGUGUGGAUUUUGCAGAAACCAACUACCGGACAACAGAGGCAGCAAGGCCCUCGGUGCCCAAGGCGAGGUGGCGCGUGCAUUACACAGCCUCUUCAUUGUUUUAGCUCCCAAUCCUUGUAGCCGCUUGGAUUUAAAGGAUCGAUCAGGAAAUAUGAUGCUUGAUUUGGCUUACGCAUCUUAAUUAUUACUUUCUGGGUGGGGUGUGUAAGAGAUGGUGGCAAAGUUGAGGUUUCCCAGGUUGAUGAGGACUAGAAGGAGGAAGCAGAAAGCAGUGGUUGGAAUUUUUGCUUUUGAAGUUGCAAGUGUGAUGUCUAAGCUGGUCCAUCUAUGGGCAUUCCUGAGUUCUAAACAAGUUGAUAGGCUCAGAAAAAAGAUCUCAGAUUCGGUGGGGAUAAAAAAGCUUGUGUCACAUGAUGAUGAUUUCACUCGAGGUUUAAUACCCGGUGAAUUGUUUGAGAAUAUGGUCCCUUUGACAAAAUAUGUGGCCAGGCUCGGGAAGAAUUAUUGUUCUGAUCCUAGUUUGAAGGAUUUUGAGCAUGCUGUUAGUGAUUGGAUCAACAAUGGUGUUGACCCUUUUGGAUGGGAACUUCCAUGGGAGAAGAUGGAAAAGAAAGCCAACAAGAUGGAGAGGUUCAUUUUAAUAAAUGCAAAUUUGUAUGACGGGAUGAAACUUCUUUCGGAUCUUGAACAGACUUUGAACGACAUCACUGCCACCUUGGAUGGUCCAAUUUUGCUUGAGUUUCAGAACAAGGUAGAGCUGAAGCGGCUUGAAGUGGAGAAUUUGAAAGAGGAGUCUUUGUGGAACAGGACUUACGAUUACGUAGGUAUCCUUUUGGCAAGAUCUGUGUUCACAAUUUUCAGUUGGAUCAAGUCUGUUUUUGGAGUUCCUCAACUGAUGUCAGAUGCAGAAACCAAAGAUUCUGAUCACAUUAAUCCUAGUCCAUCAAUUUUCAGCAAGUACAAGCUGUUGGAUGCUCCACCCGACACACUCGGUGCUGCUGCCUUAGCACUGCACUAUGCAAAUAUUGUUAUCAAAAUUGAAAGUUAUGUAAGAUUUCCUCUCUUUUUAUAUUGUGGCAGACAUAACCUGUACAGUAUGUUGCCUGCAAAUAUGAGAGCUGAGCUAAGUGAAAGGCUGCCCUCCAUCAAGAGCUCGACUUCAUCAGUUCGCGAUCUUGCAGCAGAGCGGAAGGUGGCAAUGGCGGAAAUAUUAGAAUGGUUAGCACCACUUGCUCAUAAUACGAAGAAAUGGCACUCCAAGAGGAACUUUCAACAGAAAGCCUCUGUUUCCAGGAGCCAUGUGCUUCUGGUACAAACCCUCUACUUUGCAAAUCAACAGAAGACAGAAGCAACAAUUAUGGAACUUGUUGUUGGUUUGCAGUACAUCUACCAAGCUGAUCUAGAAGCUUUCCGAGAGAAUGACCGCCGAAGGCGUGAAAGAAAAGCAGCCUCCCUGGAAGACCAAGACUAAGGCAGGUCUCCAUUGUUCUCUAGGAGUCCAAAUCAGUAACUAUUUAAGAGUUAGUCUAAAAGUUAUAUUACGAGUAUAUUAUUCACAUCUAGUGUUGUUGAGAGUACAUGUCCAUUUAACUAUUUAAGUACAAUGUCUGUUAUAAUCUGACCGAGUACUUUUAAGUCCUUUGGUACUGCACGAGUAAAUGCUUUUACAAUGCCUAUAAAGGCAUCUCUUAUAGAA